AUGGUCGCCAAUGGUGUGAUCUUCGCGCUGGGAUUCCCGCUGCUUAGGGCUGGCCUUACCUGGCCGGGCGUCGGCAAUGCUUACAUCCUGGGAUUGGGAACUGGAGCGACCAAGGUGAAGAUCAAGCAAAAGGAGGCCGAGGGGAUCGCGGAGAAGCGGAGUGGCAAGCGCGGGCCAGCGAGCGUGUGGGGAUCUGGGAGCGCCGGCAUUGUGUGCGCGCUGGCCGCCGCCUCUGGGAUCGGUGGAAGCGAUUUCCUCCCGCUCUGGAAGCUCGCCUUCGUCGCCAGCUUCUCCACCAAGCUCAGCGACACCAUCUCCAGCGAGAUCGGCAAAGCUUACGGCAAGACAACGUACCUCGUGACGAACUUUUCGAUCGUUCCGCGAGGAACCGAGGGAGCAGUGAGUUUGGAAGGCACUGCCGCUGGACUCGUUGCUUCGAUCCUCCUAGCGUCCGCUGCUUGGAGCUUGCAUGAGGUUUGGAUAAAUCGUUUCCAGAUCGCUUGA